UGGAACGCGUAGCCACAUGUGGGAUGUUUGCCGCCCAAGCCACACCGCGUAUCCGCCCGUCGCCAACACGUCGGCAAGCUUCACCAAGCUCUCCUUAGCGAACGACCACAGAGGCGGCAGGCGUCGCCAGGAUGACGCCCACGAUUCCCUACACAUAUAUCCAAUGUUCGUGCUCGGAUCAAGCACCUGUGGACAAUAACGAUGCCCAAGACGGCAGCGCCCCCGACUACAACGACGAGCGCACCUUCGACCCGCGAGCCCCUCGAUCCAACUACAGCCUCUACCCGCUAGAGUAUCUGCUCUAUUGCGAGGAUUGCCAGCAAAUACGAUGUCCGAGAUGUGUUACAGAAGAAAUGCUUACAUACUUUUGCCCGAACUGCCUGUUUGAGGUCCCGAGCAGCAACCUGCGGAGUGAAGGCACCAGAUGUACAAGAAGCUGUUAUCAGUGUCCUAUUUGUGUAGGACCGGUCCAAGUCGUACCAACACAAAAGCCAACCGAUGCCAACCUACUUACAGUCGACGGCCAGGCAGGCAACACCGGAUCUUUUGAACUUGUCUGUCAGUACUGUAACUGGUGCUCUAGCGAAAUUGGCAUCGAAUUCGACCGACCGAGUGGCAUAUUUUCACAAUUGGCUAAGAUUAAUAACGGCGGUUCCCGCAAAAUCACACAGAAAGACGUCAAAGAGAGACGCAAAGAAGAGCCUGAUGAUGCCAUGGUGCCGGACGAGUUGGUGGACCACGACCUUCAGUUCGCGAAUCUUAAAUCUUUCUAUCAUGCACAGCUGGCGGACCUGAACCCUGCUCUUGGUGGUAUGACCGAUGCUAUUGGCUUCUCAUCACCGGCGGCACUCUCGCGGAUUAUGUCGCUGUAUACCGGAAGAGCGCAGCAAGGCAAGGGACAGAACGGCGCUCCCUUUGUUAUGCGUGAGGCCCUUAACACGGAUGAAGGAUUCAAGCUUGCGCAGCUGAAUGAAUCUGCAGCUAUUAAAAAGCUCAUAUCCGGUGGAUGGGACAUAACGACGUCAGCGGAACAGCGCGACCAUCACCAAGAGCAUGUGCGAUUCCAAGACGAGUUGCGCCCAUCAUCGUAUCUGCUUCGAACAAAGCGAUCCAAGCGAUGCCCAGCGUGCAGACAUAUUUUGUCAAAACCAGAAAAUAAGGUCGCCGCCACACGAUUCAAAAUCCGACUUGUCGCCAAAUCUUACAUCCCUUCUAUAAGUGUUCGCCCAUUACGUGCGACUACAGCUCCAGUUCCAGUCACAUCAAGACCUGCCAUUAUCGAAGAGGCGCCCCUAAACCCUUUUAAACCACAUCAAUACAUCUUGACAUUCAAAAACCCACUAUUUGAUAGCGUCAAAAUCUCGCUGGCUGCGCCCAAUGUUACCCCCGGCCGAUUUGCGACAAAGGUGACGGUUCUUUGCCCGCAGUUUGAGAUUGGUGCAAACACAGACAUGUGGGAUGACGCACUCAAAGACGACGGACGCGAUAAAUCACAGAAGGAUGACCCGUCUAGCCAGGCAGAAGCUGGUAAAAUCUGGGAUCGUGGUAGAAACUGGGUGAGCAUCGUACUGGAGGUUGUCCCUCCAUCACUAAAAGUUGAGCACCUGGGAGUUGGCUUGCCACCAGGAUCAGUGGAUAAAGGACCUUUAAAGCAGGACGAGGAUAUCUUGGAGAUUCCCAUGUUUGUACGCAUGGAGUGGGAGGCUGAUGUUCAAAAUGAUAUAACAUCCGGGGCGGGACGCGACAAAGAGGCUAAAGAGAAGCGAGAGCUUGCCUACUGGUGCGUUCUGGGCGUUGGACGAACAGCAAAAGAUUAAACAGGACUUGUCCAUAGCAUAGGGGCAUGAGCAAAUAGAUACCCACAUGUCACAGCAACAAAUAUUUAAGGAACAUGUAUGAUUUAUGAUUGUUUUUAUUCAUGCAGCGUGCAUCAUUAUCAACGCUACUUUUCUCAAGACGCCUAGCCCUGACCAACCAAAGAUGCUAAAUGUGCAGUCCAUCAUUUUUAAACCGUAAAGAUCACCAAGCUCCCUUCAAACCAAAUCAUACCACCAAAAUUUAGUAGGCAGAGGUCUGGGGGAACUCGAAGGUGACGUUGCGGCCGGUGAGGCGGCGGUAGACCUCAGCGUAGGUGUCGACACGGUAGUCAACACCCUCACGCUCCUUCUCGUCAAGGAUGACCUUGAGGGUCUUGGAGCCGUCCUCCUUGGUGCGGAUGCGCUUGCCAACAAUCUCGACGGGGUAGCAGAGAUCGGCGAGGAUAGCGUCGUGGACAGCAGUAAGAGUGCGGGAGCGGGGGCGCUUCUGGGUCUGGGUGUUGCGGGAGCGGGCAGAGCGCUUGGGGCGGGGGAGAAUGCGGCGAGAAGCGAGGAUCAAGACCUGGCGGUCAGAGAACUUCUUCUCGAGCUCACGGGUCAGACUAGCGGGGUUUGUUAGUUGCCAUUCUUCUCGUAAGUACUGUUGCUGUUUACUUACCGCUGCUGAACACGGUGGAAGCCCUGCAGGGAAGGGACGGGGACAAAGAUGACAAUAGCCUUCUUGCCGUGGCCGACUUCGAUCUAUUUGUAGACCUCAAGUCAGCAUGCGAGCUCCAGGACAAUAAGCCUUGGACCGCUUCCCGUCCUGUUUCCAUAGAAGUCAAUUGAUCUCAGGUUGUUAUGGGAGCGUUGCGUGCUUCGUCCGAGAAACGAAGGUUGUUCUGGAGAGCCGACGCCAAAAAAUUCAUAUAUUCCAACGAAUUCUUCAUGUCGGCGCCCAGUGUCUGUUCCUCCUCGGUUGUCCGCACAAAACGCUCGUUUAUAAACCGUUGCAUCGCUUGCUUUGGGAACAGGAUAUUGAAGGAAUAUUGGUCUCGGCCUGUUGUAAGCAUUCAAGUAGUUCUCACCUCGCGGGCAGAGACGAUCUGCAGAGGGCGGAGAGCGGCCUUAAGGUCGGCAGUGUUGGUCUCGAGGUCGUAGAGAGCCUGAGCGAUGUUGCGCUCGAGCUCAGAGGGGUUCUGCCUCGAGGGGCUGUUGGCGGCGAUCUUGUUGACGGCAGACAUCUUGAUUGUUGGCGUUGACGUUGGACGUUGACACUGGAGAUGUUUGGUGUACCUGGCUGAGGAAGUUUU